AUGGUGAGGAAGAACAAGACGAAAGUGGACGCUCCGGUGGUGAAAGGGCCUUUGACGUCAAUAUUCCGGACGUACAAGCCUGACAUACGGUCUUUGGUGGAGUUUCGAUUGAAUGUGGGGGAUGAACAUUUUGAUGCGUUGAUAACCGAGAAGGUGGUAGUUACGCUCUUUAUGACGCGAAGUGGGAAUAGCAUGUUGCAUAUGUUGUAUGAUUUGUGUUGUGGGCGGAUCAAAUUGACUGAAUAUAAGCAGUCUUUAAAGGUACGAUCGAACCACAGUUAUUGGAAGUCAUGUUACAAGGAUUGGGGGAGUCGGCGGGAUAUAUUGUCAGAGUUUUUGGACUUUUGCCUACGUAAUGAGAAUUGUGCACUGGAUUACAUCGAGUAUGCUUCAGCGACGAGAAAGCUACCGUUACAGUUUUUGCUACCGGAGCCUUUGAGGCCGUAUCUUAUUGAUGAUGAGUAUAAUUUGCUGUUAGAUUAUAUGAUACAAAGCAGGCCGAUGUGGGAAAUGCUGCUGACACAGGGGAUUCCGAAGUUUUUGCCGGAACUCGUUGACGAGUAUAAUAGGAGCUAUGAGUUUAAUGGAUAUUAUGUAUGGUAUGGAAAUGUAACUUGCUCCCAGGUCCAAGUCCAGUCGUCUACAAAGGAAUUGUAUACUAAGUUUUUCUAUACGUUAUUUGACAAAUUAACUGUCACCAAGGAGUUAUUGCCGAAGCUUAAUGUAGCCCUAUGGAGCCACUCAUGGCCUGCGUCAUAUACAAAGCAAACUCUUUUGGAUUUAUCUAAUGAUGAUGAUGACCAUUACGACCAAGAUGUGGAUUCAGAAAAUGAUCAUUGGCCGCAGCAGAAACUAUCUUCUAGGGAACAGGUAUUUACCUUUGACUUGAAUCGGGAUGGCACCCUCGAAUUUCCAAACGUUUUUCUGCAUGCCAAAAAGAGACAUGAAAUACUUUAUAGAGUUUUGGGUCUUCCAGAUGCGGAAGGGCCAUUAUUAAAAGCUCAAUUUAUGACUUUAGCGGCAUUGGUAGAUCCUAUCACACAACCACCACCAACAGAGGAUCACAUCAUUUCUAUUGAUUUAAUAUUCCAAAUGUUUCUCGGUUCCACUUCCAAUCUUAUUGAAAAUAUGCUUAUUUCUAGGGGUAGGGAUUGGAGGUUUCACGUAUGUUAUAAUAUGCAGAAGAUUGUGUUAGCCACCAUGAAGCGUCUAAAUUGCCACGAUGGGGAUGUUUUGAACACUGUAAACAACAGUGAUGAGUCUGUACACUGGAAUGUUAAUCUAGAUAAAUGGACACCGAGGGGUUUGAAUACACAAGAUUUAGAAUUACUUUACAUGGUAGACAUGUUAUCGAUAUAUGCUAUGUAUCGCUUGUAUUCGUAUCUUCCAGUCCAAAUGAAUCCGUUUCUGCCGCUAGCGCUUCAUCUAUGGAAGAAUCUAACAAAUGUAUUGUUACGGGGUCUUGAAAUCGACAGGUUUGAAGAAGAUCGUGAGACGUUUAAUACUCCGAUAAUAGUACGUGCAGCUAUAAGAGGUACUGCAGCCCUAAGAAGCGUUGUGGCGACCAUGAUAAAUGACCAUUUCUCCUCUAAAGAACAUGACUUCAAACACGAACCAAUAAAUCUGUUUAUGUCUCCUCACGGUAGGAAACUAUGCCACGGUGCACUCUAUGCAGAUGUGAGAUCCCACGCUGCCGCAAUGCUAUCAUUGGGGAUUGACUUAAAUGAUGUAACUGAUUUACUAAGUGAUUUACAGCCCGGUGACAGGUUUGAUGAUGAUGUCAAAUACAUGUUUGAUUAUGAAUAUGAUGAUUAUAAUGCCAUAGAUCCAGAGCAGCUGUAUGAUGAAAAUGAGGAGGAUCUUGAGAGGUUAGAAGAAAUCCAGCAACGUGAGAGAAUUAAAGAUAUGAGGGGCUAUUAUAAGAGAUGUCACUGCGUUUUUGAUGAUGAUGAACUGCUAUCUGAUGAAGAAGAGGGUGAAACUGCUUCAAGCAAUAUAGAUCGCCCUAAAUAUUCUCAUAAUUCGCUGAAUUUACCAUCUUCAAUGCUUAGUACGACCUUUAAUGGCCCUAAUUCUCAAAAGUUUGCUAUUCGUUCCAGAGAUGGUGUUGAUUUUGAUUUCAAUGGUAAGGACUGGAGAGAUAUACCAAGAGGACUAAAUUUUUAUUAUACAGAGCAUUAUGUUUUCGUUAACAAAUUACAUGCAGAUGUUGUCUAUUAUUUGAUGAAAGAAGCUACUACGAAGAAAAUGGAACCCAAUCAUGCUUCAUUUAUUCUUAGAAGCAUUGCUACUUGUAUUAAGUUAGAACAGGAAAAAUCUAUGGUUUAUGACGUUAUGAAUGGCCGGACUGAUAAAGGAUCUAGCUCUAACUCAAAUUCUGAUAGGGUAAACGAAUUAACAAGUGAUUUUAUAUACGAGAAGUGGUGCGAGGAAUCCUUGUUCACAAAAAUGAUGUACUACAAUAAUGACUUAGUUUGGAGAAUGAUGGAUGAAAUGCUGAUGUGCAGUGGAUAUCGCAGAGUUCUUAUAUGGUUUAUUACUCACCUUGAAAUCUCACAUUCACUGAUUCAUUAUAUCUUUGAACUAGUAAUGGGCAUGAGGGGAAAUGUCGAUUAUGAUGAGGAAGCUGAGGAUGAUAUCAAGAAUCGUAAUUUAGAUAUUUUAGACUCUUUGUCUUUAGGCUCAUCAUCUGUGACCAUCAAGAUCCCAUUUUCGAGACAAGGGCCUAUUAUAUUGUCCAUCAUCGAAAUUAAUAUGCUCCUACUAGAGUUUUUCAUUAAUGCUACAAUAUACUUUUCUGAUAACAUGAAAAAUUUGAAUAGCGAUGAAGAACUUCCUCUAUCACAAUCUGAAAAUGAAGGAAGUGAUGAUCUCGAAUAUGGUCUAUGUGAAGAUGGGGAUAAAGAUACUCUAGGUGUUUCGCCACAUGUUAUUGGUUUAAUGAAAUUGGUGUGUUUUAUGGUAGACAUGUUAAUGGAGAAAAAGAAAUUUGACUUUACUGAUUCUGAGUACAUAUUUGAGUUACAGACACUUCUGAUGAAUUGGAUAGGUAUUAUUCCUGAGGCUCGUAACCUGUUUUUCAAACUAAAAUCUUCAAUAUUAGAAGCUUCAUCUCAAAACGAUUCAAGUAAAUCUGACAAACAAGGUACCGAAAAUAUACGCAAAAAAUCUUCUCAAUCUCUAGUUACAGAAGGUGAAGGAAUUGAACAAAAGAUCGUUAACAUCGAUCGAGAGGAUCACUUAGAAAAUUGUUUGAGUGAUGCAGAUUUCCCGCCCACACCCAUUGAUAUCAAUAAUCUAAAGCUGGAGAAUGUUGGCUCUCCAGAAAUAGAUAAUAACAACAAUUUAUCGAAAUAUAACAAAAUGCUUAUAGAAUUACUCCCUCUACAUGUGGACAAUGAAAAUACUGCAGUUACCGCAUUGAGAAGUUUCAUUACUAAACAUUCCUUAACCAAUAAGACAGCGGUUUUCGGUAGAAGGGUCAUCUACCAAGAUCAUGCGAUCAUGGGAUUAUAUAUGGCAGAUAAGGAGAUGCGGCAGCGUGAAUUUUUGGCAGAAUUUGGUAUUGAUUAUAACUCAGUUGUAAACAAUGAGGAUGAAGAGCUUUCCACGUAA